GUGGAUGGAGGUCUGUUUGGCUGAAGAACUGCCACCCACUACUGAAUUGGAAGAAGGGUUAAGAAAUGGAGUUUACCUGGCCAAACUAGCCAAGUUCUUUGCCCCUAAAAUGGUCUCUGAGAAGAAAAUCUAUGAUGUGGAACAGACACGAUAUAAGAGAUCGGGCCUUCAUUUUCGACACACGGAUAAUACUGUGCAGUGGCUAAGGGCAAUGGAAUCCAUUGGUCUACCUAAGAUCUUUUAUCCAGAGACUACAGAUGUCUAUGAUAGGAAAAACGUACCUAAAAUGAUAUACUGCAUUCAUGCACUAAGUUUAUAUCUGUUCAAACUAGGUAUAGCACCACAGAUCCAGGAUUUACUGGGAAAAGUAGACUUUACAGAGGAGGAAAUCAGUAACAUGCGAAAGGAGUUGGAGAAAUAUGGUAUACAGAUGCCGGCUUUUAGCAAAAUUGGUGGUAUUCUGGCCAGUGAGUUAUCAGUGGAUGAAGCUGCAUUGCAUGCUGCAGUCAUUGCAAUUAAUGAAGCUAUUGAGAAGGGAGUAGCAGAUCAAACACUUAUAACUCUGAGAAACCCAAAUGCAAUGCUGAUGAAUGUGGAUGAGGACCUUGCACAGGAAUAUCAGAAAGAACUCCUGGAAGCUAAAAGGAGAAAAGAGGAGAAUGCAAGUCUGAAGAAUGGCUCAAUUUCAGAAGAGGAAAGAGAUGUGUAUGAAGAAUUGCUGACACAAGCCGAGAUCCAAGGCAAUAUCAAUAAGAUCAACAAACUUGUAGCAGUUGACCAUAUCAAUACUGCAAUUCGUAACUGUGAUGCUAAUAAAACAUUGGUUGCACUGAUGAAACCAGAGGCCCAGUUGCCUGUCGUUCACCCAUUUGCUGCUGCUGUCUAUCAGACUGAACUGUUCAACCUUCAGCAACAGAAUGCUGUGAGAUAUUUGGCACAUGAUGAACUGUCUAUUGCUGUGGAAAUGUUGUCAGCUGUUGUGUUACUAAACCAGGCCUUGGGAAGCAAAGACAUCCUGGCAAUAAAGAGUCAUCUCAGAAAUCCAUCCGUUGGCUUCAAUAAUCUGGAAGACGAAAACUUUCAACGUUAUGCUGACACACUCUUGUCUAUUAAGUCAGAGGCUUCAUCUCAAGGACAAGAUUAUUUAAGCUGGAAUGAUGUCCAGAAUUGUAUUGACAUGGUUAAUAUGCAAAUUCAAGAAGAAAAUGACAGAAUUGUUGCGGUUAGCUACAUUAAUGAAGCUAUUGACCAAGGCAAUCCUGGGAAAACUCUAGAAACACUGCUGUUGCCUACAGUCAAAUUGCACGAUGUGAACCCAACAAAUGCAAGGCAUUAUCAAGAUGUUCUGCACUAUGCCAAAGUGCAGAAAUGCAAGGAAUGUCAUGAUGAGUCCGCAGUUCUCUGGCUAGAUGAGAUACAAAAAGGAAUCAAUGAUGCUAAUAGGAAUAUAGAAAAAGCAGCAAAUUGGGUGGCUCUUGGAACCUCAAUGAUUAACAAGUGUUUGGAAAAGCAUGAUUCGCAACCAGUCCUGGAUAUACUGCAGUCUCCUAAGUUUGGUGUAAGAGUUGUUCCAGAAUGUGCUGAAACCUAUUACAAGAACCUUUUAGAAGGCAAGAAUUUAAAAACCAAAGAAGAUUCUAGUGAAGGUCCAUGGCUCAAACUUAUAAUGAAGAACAGAUAUGAUUAUUAUUAUAAUGUGGAAACUGGAGAGAGUACCUUUGUUCCGCCUGAAGGGUUUAUACCAAAAACUUCUUGGCUAACCAGUGAAGAAAUACAGACUAUUGUUGGGCAAGUUACAGCAGAUUACAAUCGAGAGCAGCUGUGGUUUGCUAAUGAAAACCUGAUUCUUCAGCUGCAAGCCCUAGCAAGGGGAUUCCUAGUCAGAAAAAGUUAUGAGGAGAGAAAAGGAUUCCUCCAAAAACAGGAACCAUCUGUGAUCAAAAUACAGGCUUCCUGGAAGGGAUAUAAACAAAGGAAAAGCUACACUGACAGGUUGCAGGUGCUUCAAGGCAAUGUUGCUGCUAUUGUCAAGAUUCAGUCGUGUGUCAAAAUGUGGCUAGCGAGGAAGGCUUACAAGAAACGGCUGCAGUAUUUCAAGGAUCACAAUGAAGAAAUUGUGAAAAUACAAGCAUUUCUUAGGGCAAACAAAGCUAGGGAUGACUACAGAACACUAAUUGGUGCUGAAAAUCCACCCUUGAACGUCUUGCGUAAAUUUGCUUACCUCCUGGACCAAAGUGACUUAGACUUUCAGGAAGAACUAGAAGUAACAAGGUUAAGGGAGGAGGUGGUUACAAAAAUCCGAUCCAAUCAACAGCUGGAGAAAGACUUGAACUUGAUGGAUAUAAAGAUUGGGCUACUGGUGAAGAACAGGAUCUCUCUACAGGAUGUGGUCUUGCACAGCAAGAAGCUAAACAAAAAAAGCAAAAAUCAGGUGGAAGAGAUGGUGACAGGUGACAAACAGGGCAUCAAAGGCUUGAGCAAAGAGAGGAGAAAACAGCUGGAAUCCUAUCAACACCUAUUUUACCUUUUGCAGACUAAUCCCAUGUAUCUGGCUAAGCUGAUUUUCCAGAUGCCUCAGAACAAGUCAACAAAGUUCAUGGAUACAGUCAUUUUUACUCUGUACAACUAUGCUUCCAAUCAGCGAGAAGAAUACCUGCUUCUCAAGCUCUUUAAAACUGCUCUAGAAGAGGAGAUAAAUUCCAAAGUAGACCAGAUACAGGAUAUAGUCACUGGAAACCCUACUGUCAUUAAGAUGGUUGUCAGCUUUAAUCGAGGUGCUCGUGGACAGAACACGCUGCGUCAGCUGUUGGCCCCAGUGGUGAAGGAAAUCAUGGAUGACAAAUCCCUCCUCAUCAACACCAGCCCCGUGGAAGUGUACAAGGCAUGGGUAAACCAGUUGGAAAUGCAGACUGGAGAGGCCAGUAAAUUGCCAUACGAUGUAACAACUGAACAAGCAUUAGAACAUCCGGAAGUGGUAAAUAGACUGGAGUCCUCCAUUCAAAGCUUGAGAACAGUAACUGAUAAAGUCCUUGUGUCCAUAUUCUCAUCGCUCAGUAUGAUGCCUUACGGAAUGAGGUAUAUAGCCAAAGUUCUGAAGAACUCGCUCCAUGAGAAAUUCCCAGAUGCAACAGAAGAUGAACUAUUAAAGAUUGUUGGAAACCUCCUAUACUAUCGCUACAUGAACCCGGCCAUUGUUGCUCCUGAUGGUUUUGAUAUAAUUGACAUGACAGCUGGAGGCCAGAUACACUCUGACCAGAGGAGGAAUUUAGGGUGUGUGGCGAAAGUCCUUCAGCACGCUGCUUCUAACAAACUCUUUGAAGGAGAGAGUGCGCAUCUUUCAUCUAUGAAUACUUACCUGUCGCAGACGUAUCAGAAGUUCAGGAAUUUUUUUCAGACAGCAUGUGAUGUUCCUGAGCCAGAGGAGAAAUUCAAUAUUGAUGAGUACUCUGAUAUGGUAACCCUCAGCAAACCUGUCAUAUACAUCUCCAUUGAAGAAAUCAUCAAUACCCACUCACUGCUGUUAGAACACCAGGAUGCCAUUGCUCCUGAGCAGAAUGACCUACUGAAUGAAUUGCUGGAGGGGCUAGGGGCUGUUCCUGAUGUGGAGUCUUUCCUUGGGGAAGGAGCUGUUGAUCCCAAUGAUCCUAACAAGGAAAACACAUUGAGUCAGCUUGCAAAGACAGAGAUUUCACUCUCUUUGACCAGCAAAUAUGAGUUACAGGAAGGUGAAGAUCAAGAUCUCAAAGGGUUGAUGAUAAAGACAAAAAGACUUGUAGUUGAUGUGAUACGAACGCAACCAGGAGAUACACUCUUAGAAAUCUUAGAAACACCAGCUUCUGCACAACAGGAAUCCGAGCACUUAAAAGUGGUAGAGAAACGUGCCAUCUUAGAUUCCAAAACUCCUGAGAAAAUGAAGCACAGUCAGUCUAUGCUUGAAGAUGGGCAGCUACCAAUAGAACAAAAAAAAAGGAAAAUACAAAGAAAUCUUCGCACAUUGGAACAGGCUGGAUUAGUGUCUUCAGCAAAUAAGUACCAAGAAAUCAUCAAUGAGAUUGCUAAGGACAUCCGAAAUCAAAGAAGAUACCGACAUCAUCGAAAAGCUGAAUUAGUGAAACUCCAACAAACUCUGUCUGCACUUCAAUCCAAGACAGCAUUUUAUGAAGAUCAAGUAAAUUAUUACAACACCUAUAUAAAAACCUGCUUAGACAACUUAACAAGAAAAAAUUCUCGGAGGUCAAUUAAAUUAGAUGGAAAAGUAGAAGAGAAGGGAAGCAAAAAACUUAAGCACACAUCACUAAAGUACACAGCAGCAAGACUACAUGAAAAAGGUGUCAUUCUAGAAAUUGAAGAUCUUCAAACCAACCAGUUUAAAAAUGUUAUGUUUGACAUCACACCUGGUGAAGAAAUGGGUGACUUUGAAAUCAAAGCAAAAUUCUUGGGUGUUCAGAUGGAAAAAGUGGAACUCCAUUUCCAGGAUUUGCUUCAGAUGCAGUAUGAAGGUGUAGCUGUAAUGAAAAUGUUUGAUAAAGCUAAAGUGAAUGUAAACCUGCUCAUAUUCCUGUUGAACAAGAAAUUCUAUGGAAAAUGAAGAUUGCAGAUAUCGUGGACUCUGCAUCAAAUCAGUAGGAAUGUCUGUUCAGUAUUUUUGCUUUUAAACAUUUGUUUGCGGUUGCUAUCAUUGGACAUUGUUUUUGAUGUCAAAAAAAGACCAAACUGUUCAGAAGAAUAUACUUACGUGCCUUUUUCAUCAUUUGAUACUGCAGUAGUAAAUUAGAAAAUAGAUUAAUUUAAACAUUUCCAGAUUUCACUGUGGUGUUGGAACUUUGAUUGGAAAGUAUGUCAUUAUUUAGUGACACUCAGCUAUUUCGGGGCCAGAGGGGAGGGCAGGUUUUUAAAGUAGGCAGAAAAUAAAUUUAGUUAAAUG